AGCUGACAUCCUGGGAAUCCUUAAUUUGACGUCACAUAUUUGGGACAAGCGGGGCUCUGCCCGAGAGGGCGCGGCGCGCUGGCAGGGCGCAGGCGCAGGAGCAGACCGGUCGGCCACGCCCCCGGCAUGAGGCCACGCCCCCGAGGCCAGCGCACACUCCUCGCGAGAGAUCCGCGCCGGAGCGGGAGGGUUCGGAGGCGGAAACAAGCCGCCGGAAGUGGCCGUUGCCAUGGAGUCCGCGGAGGACUGGCUGGUGGAAUCCUUACGCUUGUACCAGGACUUCCAUGCAUUCGACCUCGCUGGAGCCACUCGCGUUCUCGAAUGGAACGGCGACAAAGGAGUCUUUGUGGCUGGCUAUGAACAGCAGAAAAAAAACGAGAUUCUUCAUCUGCUAUUACCACUCAGACUUUCUGCCAAAGAAAACCAGGGCCUCUGUCCAGAACGAGAUUUCAGGGUGCUUCAUGGAGGCUUCUCAGACAGGCCUAUCUUUGAUCUGAAGCGCGUGCCAGACACCAGGUUGCUGGUGACCAGUGGCCUUCCCAGUGGCUCUCUGCAGGUGUGGCAGGUCUCCGAGGACAGUGAUGUCAUCGGAGUUGGCAGCACUGUCCCUGUGCAUGAGGAAGAGAAGGGCCUCUGGGCCAGGGUGGCCGUCUUCUCAGUGCCAGCACCCAGAAUCCUCCAUGGGGCACGGCUCAGUGGCCUUCGGGUUGUGGACUUGGAGUCCCAGAAAACCACAUAUGCCUCAGGCGUCAGUGACAGUGCACCGCUGAGCAGCUUGCAGGCCUUGGAUGCUGACACCUUUGCCUUCUGCUGCACCUCAGGCCGGCUGGGGCUGGUGGACACCCGCCAGAAGUGGGCACCAUCGGAGAACCUCCGGCCCAGCCUAGGGGACUGGAGCUGGUGUGCAGAAGUUAGAGAUAAGGGUCAGGACCCGGGACCCAGCCUGGCCAGCCUGGGCUCUGGUGGGCAGGUCUGUCUCCUGGAUGCCCGAGACCUCAGCCACCCGGUGAGCUCCGUCCAGUGCUCAGUGCCCACGCCCAGCCCUGAUCCAGAGCUGCUGCGAGUGACCUGGGCCCCAGGCCUGGACAACUGUUUGGCCAUUUCAGGUUUUGAUGGGACAGUCCAGAUCUAUGAUAUCACAUCUUGGCAUGAAACGGGGAGCCCGGUAGAACCUCUCUUCGCUCACAGGGGCCACCUCUUUCCAGAAGAUCACACUGUGGACACUGCUCCUCUUGUUACCACCCAUACGUGGCACCCCCACAAACCGAGAACUUUGUUAUCGGCAGCAAGUGAUUCCUCUCUGCAUGUGUGGGACUGGGUAGACCCCCGGAGCUGCCCCUGACACCCACAUCAUUCUGCCCAGGCCUCUGGGAAGAGAAGUCACAGUGUGGCAAAGGCACUGACUUAAGAUCCACUGAGUGAUCUGGCUUCCAGCUGAGGGACCGUGGGCCAGGUAAUACUGGGGCUGGACUGAGCUACCAGGAUGAGCCCAUGUAAACUGCUCCACACAAGGGCAGGAACACAGGGACCCAUGAAAAUGGGAGAGAUUUCUCGUGUGUCCUGACUGGUUUGGAUGAGGCUAAAUGUCUUUUGGCUGCCGUAGUAAAUAAUUUCCUAAAUUAUACCGAAAUUGUCAGUCUUCCUUUUCUCAAAGAUCCCUGGUUCUACUUUGUUUGUUGUCAGUAUGCAGAUCUCUGGUACUUAGCCUGUUUGAUUGUCAGUAUGCAGAUCCUACAUAGUUCAUUUGUUUUUCAGUAUGCAGAAGAACUUUGCAUGAUCUUCCUGUAACUCCUUUGUUGAUGACCUCACUGUAUUGAGCCCUAUGAACUGUAGGAUGGUAAUAAAAGGAGAUUUCAGGGCUCUCUACCUUUGUCACAGAGUCAGAGAGAACCUGGACCCUCCAUGACAAAAAUUUCUUUCGUGUUCCUUGUCUCAGAGGCUCCGACUGUACGAAUAUUCACGCAACAAGGUAAUGUACCUUCCACAGCUGUAAAGGGAGGGUAUUGUUGGGGCUGGACUGAGCUACCAGGGCGAGCCCAUGUAUACUGUACCGUACUACGGACAGGAACAUAGGGACCCAUGAAAAUGGGCGAGAUUUCUCGUGUGUCCUGACUGGUUUGGAUGAAGCUGAACAUUUUCCCCCUUUCAAGCUGCCUUCAGAAAAAUAAUUUCAGAAUACUGAAAAGAGCAGUUUUUCCUUCUCUCACAGAAGCCUGGCUGGUCUUUGACAUGCAGAUGGCGUUAGCCAGGCCUGACCUUUGAUAUUGUAAAUUGUAGAUUUCAGGUGCAGGCCCAGCUUUGUCUUUGGGAUGUAAAUCCAGGUGCCCGUAGAAGGUUUCAGUUUCGGUUUUGUAUCUUUCCCUUCUGAGUUCUGUAUUCUUUUCCCGAGGCUAUAGGCCUACCCAUACAAGGAAACAAUGUUUCCAUUUUCUCAAUGUUCUCCCUGUAACAUUUUUUGAUGCCUUUGGUGACGUCACUAUAUUGCGCCCUUUAGAGGUACCAUGAUCAAUAAAAGGAGGUCCACGAGGCUCUCUGCCUUUGCUAAGAGCCAGAGCGAGCCUUAGUCCUCCAAUCAAUGCAUUUCUUCCGCGUUCCUAUCUCAGCGCCUCUGAUUGCACUAACGUUCAUGCAACAGGGUAUGGUGGGGCUGGAGCAAUAGCACAGCAGGUAGGGCGUUUGCCAGGGAUUCCCAGCAUUCUAAGCAUUCCAUAUGGUCCCCUGAGCAUCACCAGGGGUAAUUCUUGAGUGCAGAGCCAGGAAUAAUCCCUGUGCAUCACCGCAUCAGCGGGUGUGACCCAAAAAGCAAAAAAAAAAAAAAAAAGGAAGGUGUGACAACAACCUCUCAGGGUUACUGGAAAAACUAGAAAUGGGAGCUUUAGGAUAGCAUCUGGCCAGUGAAAUAGUACAGAAACAAGGCACUUGAAUAUAAAUUCCACUACAUUCAUUAUGUGAGUAAUAGUAUCAUUAUUAUUGUUAUUGUUUUUGGGUGACACCCAGCAAUGUAAGCAAUGUAAGCCCCUAAGGGGCUUACUCCUGACUUUGCACUUAGGAAUUACUCCUGGCAGUGCUUGGGGGGAUUCAUAUGGAAUACUGGGAAUCAAACCCAGGUCAGCUGCAUGCAAGGCAGAUGCCCUAACUGCUGUACUAUUGUUCUAGCCCCAACAGUAUCAUUAUUUACAGGGGCUGUUGGAGCCCGACCAGAGUCAUGAGGAAGUUCCUAAGACGCUGCCUUGCAAGUAAGGCUGUGUCAUGGCUGCAAACAGCUUGGAACUCUGACUGAACUGGGCUGGGGUCAGCAUGUCACGAUGCAGCUCCUCCUUGACAUUGACUAAUUAUGCUAUACUAUGUUUAGAUAAAACUAGAGGGGACAUCCUGUCUAGGCAGGAAUGUAGAUGAUUAAAGUAUGGGGUCGGGAAGUUAAUCAUUGGCAGAGCAUGUCUGUGCCUUGUUAAGAUCAAUAGCCUUUUGUCCACAUGGAUUCAGUGAUGUAUGCCCUUGUG